CGCACUGCCGCCAACAACCUAGGAUGGGAACUCGGACCGGAUCACUUUUGGCUCACUUUCAGUUCGGCGCUGCAGGACUUGGAUGUUAAAAAUUGUUCUGGGAACUUUAGAGUCGGACGUGAUUGAAGCUGCGCUUAUCUCAUAUUUGUGGAUUUAAAAAAAAAAAAAAAAAAAAAACCUGGACUGUGCACCGUCUUCCUCUCCCUCAUAUUCAUCCAGCGUGCGAGGACCUGCGGGCCUCCGGAGCCUCCAUAAAUGCUCGGCCCGUCGCAGAGGCUCCAGGCUGGGCGGCAAGAUGAGCUCCACCGUGCAGCUGCUGCUCGCGUUACUGGCGACGUGUGUGCGACUUGGCGCCGCCGAGGGGGAUCCGCUUCCUGCAGCCCUGGUGGAGCUGGUUAGACACAGUCCCAUCUCGUCCAUUGAGGACCUUCAGCUGCUUCUGCUCUCUGAUUCCGUAGAUGAUGAUGAGGGAAACUCGGCAGCAAAUGGAGGUCACAGACUACCAAGGAGCCUCGUCGCCCAGCCAGCGCAGCAAGCUGUGUGUAAAGUUCGCACUGAGGUGGUGGAGAUCACCAGGGCAAUGUUAGACCGUAGCAACGCCAACUUCCUGCUGUGGCCGCCAUGUGUGGAGGUGCAGCGCUGCUCCGGCUGCUGCAACACCAAAAGCCUGCAUUGCGUCCCCGUGGUCACACACACCAGAUACCUGCAGGUCAUGAAGAUCGAGUACAUAAAUAAAAGACCUACUUACGCCAAAGCCGUGGUGUCGGUGAUCGACCACGUUGAGUGCCGAUGUCAGCCUGCUCAGCGACAGUCGGUGCUGAAGAGAAAGUCGUCUCGCCGCCAUCACAAGGACCAGCAUCGCAACCAGACACUAAGCCGAGGACAUGAACAUGUGAAAGUGCACACCAAGGAUGAGCUGCAUCAGUGGGAUGAGCUGAAGCAGAACCAGGGUUCCCUCCUGGUGGACCUCCUGGAGCAACACUGGAGCCCGAGAGGAGACACUUUCACUCAGCCUGGAGAAGGCUACAGUAUCGCAGGAGAGGAAGCAUCUCGACCUGAGGAGGUUCUGUUUGGCCCACAAUGGACGCAUAACUCCACAGGGGUCAUUGCGACUAAGAAGGAGAUGACUUUAGGCAACAAGACCGGUUCUUCCGUGGAUCAUGUUGGCUCGGAUAAGACACUGGGAGAUGGAAAGGGAUUGGGCAGUAAUGAGGGCACCACGGGUGAAGGCCCUCAAACGCACAGCCCGUCAUGGCAGGACGAACAAAACCCAUUCUUAAAACCUGUUACUCAGAAACCUCAAGUUUCCAAGUGGAGUCCUCAUGAGGAAACUGUGGCGAGGUUCGGGAGCAGGAUGAGACCCACCAAAGAGCCAAACCCGGAGCCUCGGGAAGCGACCAGGCGGAAGGACAACAAGACGCCGGAGGAAGUGAGAAUAUUGCAGAUGGCGGAGAAAAGCCUCAAGGAGGAGAGGAAGGAGCUGCUCCUCCUGCACAAGAGGUUGGACCAAGAGAAGGAGAUACUAAAACAGCAGCAAAAGAAACGAGGGGAGGAAGAACAACACGCUCGUAGUCGACAUCGGCAUCUGCAGACUACCAUGCCGUCGCCAGAGUCGACGCCAAUGGUCACUAAGCAGCAUUCGUCAGCUCCGCCAGGGCCCGGACCUCCAGCGCAUCCCAAGAAAAGGAUGAGAAAGAAUCGCAAACGGAUAAGCAAGGCAGCAAUGAGAGCGAUGCUAAUGUAAAAGGUUUUAAGAAUCCAGGUUCCAAUCUGUGAGAAGCCAUAACUCAGCCUGCAUGGAAUGAGGGGGAGGAAGAGAAAUGGAUAUGAGUAUUUUAUUUUUAUUUUUAGCAUACAUUGCAAGCAAGCAGCCAAAGACUUUAGGGAAAAAAAGUGUGCUGAAUCUCCUGCCUGUGUGCAAAACUGGAGAAAGCAGUGCAACUUCUCUACAUGGACCCUUUUGUUGAUGUCAUUGCACUUAAUGAAAAGGACUUGUAAAUACUACUAAAUGCAGUUUUCUAGCCCUCUGUAGCGCAGGUCGGUGAGUCCGCUUUAUUAUGAGAGGGUUGGAGUCCUUGAAAGUCGACUAAAGACAUCAUUUAUUUACCAUUGAUGACUUUUAGUUGCCAUAUUUAAUUCCAUCUAACACGUUGAAAACACUGGAAUUAAACCGACAAGCCAAGUGAAAGGUGACCAUGUUA